AGAGAAAGGUAAAUGAUUGUUCAUAGACUCAAGGAAAAAAAAACCCAAAUAGCAAACCAAGCACCUAUUAAAGGACAAUCUGUGGGUUUUCUCCUUCUACACAGCAUUUCACACUGUGACAGAGGCUGCGUGAGAAAGAGAACAAGAAUGGAGACCAGGAAAACAUUUAUUGGUUUGGUAGAUAACGCAUUAGCAGCUUCCAACUCAUUGCAUCGUGAUCAAUUGCUCUUUUCUUACAAGGGAAUUCUCUACCCCAGAACUCUUUACAGUCCUGAAGUGUUCAAAGCCUUGGAGUCCUUUGAAGCCAGAAGAGAUGAUGUAAUUUUGGCAGGAUAUCCUAAAUCUGGCACAAACUGGCUAAGUCAAAUCUUAACUGAUCUGAUAGCCAUAUCUCAAAAGAAAACACCAGGUAGUGAAAGCAGUGUGAAUGCUGAAGAACAAGAAGAAUUCCCCUACCUUGAAAUUGGAGAUUCUGAGAAAUAUGAGCGAAUGAGCAAAUUACCUUCUCCAAGAUUCAUGGUUACUAAUCUCCGUCCUGAAAAACUUCCCAAAUCUAUCUUCCAAAACAAUGCCAAGAUAUUGUUACUGAUUCGUAAUCCAAAAGAUGUUGCUACAUCUUAUUACCAUUUUUCCAAUGGCGUGGCUACUGUUCCCUCCUAUGAGACCUGGGAUGAUUUCUUCACAGAUUUCAUGGCGAAGAAAACGGCCUGGGGAUGCUACCUUGAAUACCUUUCUGAAUGGAACAAAUAUGCUGACAAAGAAAAUAUUAUGACAAUAACUUAUGAAGAGGUAAAAGAGAAUCCUGCCCUGAGUGUGAAAAACAUAGCUACGUUCUUUGGAAUUCCUCUGACUGAGGAACAGCUCCAGCUGGUGGUAGAGAGGAGCAGCUUCCAGUCUAUGAAGAAAAACUCAGACAAGACCCAUGGGUCAUUUGGCAAUAUUCUCUUUCGCAAAGGUGGUGUAAGUGACUGGAAGAACCAUUUCACUGAAGAUCAGAGUAAGAAAAUGGACAAAGCAUUUGAAGAACAUAUAGCAGGAACGAAACUUGGGAAAAAGUUGAAGUAUGACUUGUACUGCAAAGCCUGAAGAGAAAUGAAAUGUGGUUAGAACAAGAACUUUGCAAGGCAGACUCAGAUCAUCUGAAUGCUAUACAUUGGAAACCUAGAUCAAAUGAUCCAAGCACCUUAGAAUUACCGUAAGAGUCAUUGCAGCAGCCUUUAUUGCGACACUGAUGAGCAUUUUGUUUUAUGCUGCGACCUCAGGCUACACUCAUUUGCUGAAGAAGAUGCCAACUAAACAUAUUUAGAAAAACUCAACAGCCCUUUUCCUGCUGUAACCUGGAAGGAAAUGCUUCUUUUCUUUCUAGAUAAAUUCUAUCUUUAUAGACAAUUUCUCAUUAUUUAGUAUGCAGAUUAUUUUUUUCUUAAAAAAUUUUUUUCAAAUCAGUCAAUAUCUUUGCAGAAUAUAUCACUGGCAAAAACAGGGAUAUGACUGAAGCCUAAUGUCAAAGGAGAUCUUCCAUGAAUUCAGCACAGAGUAAAUCAAAGGCAGAGAAAGCAGAAAGAAGGGGAAUAUGGAUCAGAGUUCUUAGGGCUCUUCAUCUCUCUGAAUGCAAAAUACCAAGAUGAAUUUCACAUUAUGGGCUGGUGUCAAUGGGCAAAAUUCUCUCAGAGGCGCUGCAUUCUACAGAAUUACAGAGCAGCCCAGUUUGGAAGAGACCUUGAAAAGUCUUCUGGUACAACCUUUCAUGGGAAAGGGAGCCUGGAAGAGGGUCUAUCUAGAUAUCAUGUUUUGAAAACCUCCAGUGAUGAGGAUUCUACCUCAUUUCUGUAGGCAUUGUUCCAGCAACUGGUUGUUCUUGCUGUAAAGAACUUCAUGUAUUAAGAUUAAACAUCCAUGAUUGCAAGUUGACCUCUUUUCUUCUCCAUGUGGUGUUUGGUGAAUAAGGAGCCUUUAUCCUCUUUGUAGCUGCCUUUUAAGUGCUGGAAACUGUGAUGAGAGUGUCCCUAAGCCUUCUUAGCUGUGUAGUCCUCAUUAGUCUGUGUCUUUCUUGAAAAUGUCUCCACUGACGUAGUGGGGCUGUCAAGGGUGAUGGUGUGAGACAUUGCUCUACCCAGCUCUCUUGUACUGCCAUUGGGAUUUGUCUCUCUAGACACCGUAUUUCAGACUUGUCCAGGGACGUAUUCUGGAAUAAAAAAGGCAAAAUAAGUUUCUGUAAAUAUAGUUGAAUUAAAAGCCAGAAAACCCCCACCCCAUCUAUAGAUCAAUCACCUAAACAGAUAAGAUGGAAAAAUAAAAUGUACAGUCGCAAUGUGAGACAGGGUAUUUGAAAUUUAACUUGGUACAGAAACCAAUUUUGGAUUUAGCUGAAGUCUGCUUGUUUAAUCUGUAAGCUUAGGUGCCCACAAAAAGGCCUGCAGAGAGAACAACGGAGAUUCAAGAAUGCUUAGGAAGGAAUGCAAGCAUCCAAGCUGAAGAAAGAUCACAAGAGGCCCCAGGGAAAAUAUCAGAUGGAAAAAUUGAAUUGGGCUUAUGUGACUGAAUAACUGAGCAGGCUGAUAAAAAUUGAUAUGACAGUUUGUUACCUGUGCAUGUGUCUUUUAUGCACGUGCAACAGGUUAGGCAAUAAAGUAGACUCGGAAAUUUUCGGGGGUGCACACGUUCUUGGGGAGCAUAUGGCCAGUGUUGAAAUAAAUUGUACCGCCUUUACAACUUU